UCGUCGUGACAACACAAAUCAUUUUCACAGCCACCUUUUCCUCGGCGUUCACGAUCGCUUCGCAGUCGGUUCGUGAUCGUCACACGGGACACAGAUAGUACUCGCUAAUGUAAGAACGCACUAGCUCAAGUACUAUAGUAGUUACAAUUGGUCGGUCGGUGCAAGAAUAGUGCAACGCACUACUUUAAUUGGCGGACGACGCCAUAUUGGAAAAUUGUCCGAAAUGAUUCGAUUUCGGUUGGUUUUGAUUGGUUUGUUGAUUUGUUUGGCGGACGGAAAGCGGGAAAUACCCGUUGGUGCGAUCUUCCACGAGGACAACUAUGAGGCGGAGAUCGCUUUCAAAUAUGCUAUCGAACGAGUUAACAUGCACGAGAAGCACUUCGAAUUGUUACCAAUGAUAAGAUACGUCUCUCCGGAGGAUAGCUAUAAAACGGAGAAGAAGGUCUGUGAGCUGGCAGCAGAAGGUGUCACGGCCGUCUUUGGUCCAAGCUCGAUGUUGACUUCGGGUAUUGUGAGUUCGAUCUGUAAGACUAUAGAGAUUCCACAUAUUAUCACCCACUGGGAUCCGGAACCUAUCGGAGGUUGGGAUCCAGAGAUGCAGGCUAUGACCAUUAAUCUCUAUCCGGAAGCGGAUGUCAUGUCUCGAGCUUUGCGAGAUCUGAUUGUAGACUACAGUUGGAAGAGCUUCACGAUCAUAUACGACAGUGACGAUGGUCUUAUGCGUCUGAAAGAUAUUCUACAGAUACAUGGUCCUGCGGACAAUCCCAUUACGGUACGGCAAAUUGACGAUGAUCCGGACUACAGGCCUCUUCUGAAAGAUAUUCAAGCCUCUGGAGAGAGUCACAUCAUUCUGGAGGUACACCCCAAUAAAAUCCUGGAGAUGCUUCGACAAGCGAAGGAGGUCAAGAUGCUUGAGGAGUAUCAGAGCUAUAUCAUCACUUCGUUGGAUGCUCACACCUUGGACUUUGAAGAGCUGAAGUACUCCAGAUCGAACAUAACCACAUUGCGGCUGAUGGACACGAAGAGUUUCGAGAUCAAGAACGCGGUCCAUGAUUGGGAACAGGGUGAAGCCAGAAUGAAGAAAGUUUUCCGAGUUUCUCCGGAGCACGUCCGGACGGAGUCGGCGUUGUACCACGAUGCUGUGAAGCUGUAUGCUACCGCCAUCCGAGAACUGGACGCUACGGAGGAGAUCACUCCGUCAAGGUUGUCGUGCGGAAGCAAGAACCUUCGGCAGUGGCCGUUCGGACUGAGGAUCGUUAACUACAUGAAAGUUAAAACCGAGCACGGAAUCACUGGACCGAUUAUCUUCGAUGACAACGGUCGACGUACGCACUUCCAGCUGGAUAUUAUCGAGCUGAGCCAGCAGGACGGAUUCAAGAAGAUCGCCGUUUGGGAUCCGACCAAUGGGAAAAUCAACUACACUCGUAGCCAAGAGGAUGUUCACUUGCAGAUCGUUGAAUCGCUGCAGAACAAGACAUUUGUCGUUGCGUCCCGGCUGGGAGCCCCGUUCCUGAUGUUGAAGGAAAAGAAGGAAGGCGAAUUCUUGGAAGGUAACAAUCGCUUCGAAGGCUACUCACUGGAGUUGAUCGACGGUAUAUCCAAGAUUCUGGGCUUCCAGUACCGCAUGGAACUCGUUCCGGAUGGGAAAUACGGAUCAUAUAACAAGCAAACGAAGAAAUGGGACGGUUUGGUGAAAUAUCUACUGGACCGAAAAGCCGAUCUUGCCAUCUGUGAUCUUACCAUCACCUACGAACGCCGUACUGCCGUAGACUUCACGAUGCCUUUCAUGACCCUCGGUAUUAGUAUCCUAUACGCCAAGCCCGUACCGCAACCCAAAGAUCUCUUCUCUUUCCUGUCUCCCCUUUCCCUGGAUGUGUGGAUCUACAUGGCCACUGCCUAUCUUGGCGUAUCCGUAUUGCUCUUCGUCCUGUCCCGUAUGGCUCCUGCUGAUUGGGAAAAUCCUCACCCCUGUAAGCAGGAGGAAGUCGAAGAGGUCGAGAACAUCUGGAACAUGCUGAACGCCCUAUGGCUUACGAUGGGAUCCAUCAUGGGUCAAGGUUGCGACAUCCUGCCCAAAGCCGUCUCUACCCGAGUCGUUGCCGGAAUGUGGUGGUUCUUUGCGCUGAUCAUGCUCUCGUCCUACACUGCCAAUCUGGCUGCGUUCUUGACCAUGGAGCGCAUGGACGCCUCGAUCGAAAGUGCUGAAGAUCUGGCUAAGCAGAGCAAGAUCAAGUACGGCGCCGUGCUCGGCGGAAGUACACUGAGUUUCUUCCGUAGUUCCAACUUCUCCACGUAUCAGAGGAUGUGGGCCGCCAUGGAAUCGACUCGACCUUCAGUCUUUACGAAAAGCAACGACGAGGGGCGCGAUCGCGUUAUGAAGGGACGAGGACUGUACGCUUUCCUGAUGGAGUCCACCUCGUUGGAGUACAUUACGGAGCGGUAUUGCGAACUCACCCAAAUCGGGGGACUGCUGGAUUCUAAGGGAUACGGAAUCGCCAUGCCCGUUAACUCUCCCUAUCGGACGGCCAUCUCCGGAGCAGUGCUCAAGAUGCAGGAGGAAGGUAAGCUGCACCAGUUGAAGACCCGAUGGUGGAAGGAGAUGUAUGGUGGAGGUCGCUGCGAUGAGCAAGCAACUACUGCGGCCGGGGAUAGUGCUGCCGAGCUUGGAAUAGACAACGUCGGUGGUGUCUUCGUGGUUCUGGCGUUUGGAUGCUUCUGCGCAUUCGUCAUAGGGAUAUUGGAGUUCCUGUGGAACGUGCGGAAGGUUGCGGUUGAAGAGAAGGUUACCCCAUGGGAAGCGUUGAAGGCAGAGCUUAAGUUUGCGCUCAAUCUCUCGAUAACGACCAAGCCGGUGCACAACAUGCUGAGCGAGUCGUCGUCGGCCAAGAGUUCGAUGCGGUCCAAGUCCGAAUCGAGGCGGGAGUCGGAAUCGGUCGGACGGAUGCACAACAUCAAAACCGGAAACAGCAUGAUGAACGUGGACAAGAUUGGAUUUGUGUUCAAUAACAAGUUUCGAGGCCAUACGGACAAUAGGCAGUCCGCCAUUGAGUAUCCGUUGGUCGAGCACAUUGUUCCUACCGGCAUUACCAAUAUCACCGAAGAAGCCAUUUUCUGCGGCGGCCAAGUAGCCCGCUUGAGCCCCAUCAGUCAAACCACCAAUCGAAGAAGCCAUUUUCUCCGGCGGCCGAGUAGCCCGCUCGAAGCUCAUCAAUUCCCCCGAUACAAUCAACCAGUCCGGCGGCCGAGCAGCCCGCUCGAGGCCUCCGACAUCCCACCAAGACUGAGACCCUCCGGCGGCCAAAAAGCCCGCUUGAGUAUCACCACUUCCGCCAACCACCGUAAGCCACCCCCGUCAACAAGCCACCACCAAGAUCAUCCCGGAUCCGGAUCCAGGUGUGAGACCUCUGCAACGCUGAACACAGUUGAGCACUUCCUGUGCACUUUCCCUGUCUAUGAGUACCUCCGUCAGACGCACCAAAUAAUCGACAUCUCCAACACAUUCACCAACGAUAUGGUCAACGAACGCCAAGUGAUCAACAAAAAUAAAUCCCGGUGCGCACAAGUCGGUGGACGCCAUAUUGGAAAAUUCUUCGAAAUGGGGAGUUUGCUGGUUCUGUUAGUCGGUUUGGUGGUCUGUUUCGCUGCUCAAGGCAAAAGGGAAAUCCCUAUCGGAGCUAUCUUCCACGGAGACAACUACGAAUCAGAGAUCGCUUUCAAAUAUGCCAUCGAGCGAGUUAACAUGCACGAGAAGCACUUCGAGUUGGUUCCACUGAUAAAGUACGUCUCCCCGGAGGACAGCUACAAAACGGAACGGAAAGUGUGCGAGCUGGUGUCGGAAGGUGUCACGGCCAUCUUCGGCCCAAGCUCGAUGUUGACCUCCGGUAUUGUGAGUUCGAUCUGCAAAACCAUCGAAAUUCCGCACAUUAUAACUCAUUGGGAUCCGGAGCCCUUCGGAGGAUGGGAUCCGGAGCUGCAGGCGAUGACCAUCAACCUCUAUCCGGAAGCGGACAUUCUGUCGCGAGCUUUGCAAGAUCUGAUCGUGGACUACACUUGGAAGAGCUUCACGAUCAUCUACGACAGCGAUGAGGGUUUGAUGCGACUGAAAGACGUGCUACAAAUUCACGGACCCGGAGAUAAUCCGAUCACCGUACGACAGAUCGAUGAUAAUCCGGACUACAGACCACUGCUCAAAGAUAUCCAAUCAUCUGGUGAGAGCCAUAUCAUUCUGGAAGUUCAUCCCGAAAAAAUUCUGGAGAUUCUCCGACAAGCAAAGGAGGUCAAGAUGCUGGAAGAGUAUCAAAGCUACAUCAUUACUUCGUUGGAUGCUCACACCUUGGACUUUGAAGAACUGAAGUACUCCAGAUCAAACAUAACCACAUUGCGGUUGAUGGACACGAAAAGUUUCGACAUCAAGAAUGCUGUUCACGAUUGGGAACAGGGUGAAGCCAGAAUGAAGAAGGUUUUCCGAGUUUCUCCGGAGCACGUCCGUACGGAGUCCGCGUUGUACCAUGAUGCUGUGAAGCUCUACGCUACCGCCAUCAGGGAACUGGAUGCUACGGAGGAGAUCACACCGUCUAGGCUGUCAUGCGGAAGCAAGAAUCUUCGGCAGUGGCCGUUUGGAUUGCGGAUCGUCAACUACAUGAAAGUUAAAACCGAUCACGGCAUCUCCGGACCGAUCAUCUUCGAUGACUACGGCCGGCGUACGCACUUCCAGCUGGAUAUUGUAGAACUGAACCAUCAGGAUGGCUUCAUGAAGAUUGCAGUUUGGGAUCCAACCAACGGGAUCAUCUACACUCGCAGUCAGGAGGAUGUUCACCUGCAGAUCGUGGAAUCACUGCAUAACAAGACUUUCAUCGUGGCGUCACGGUUGGGAGCACCAUUCCUGAUGAUGAAAGAAAAGAAGGAAGGCGAAUUCUUGGAAGGCAACAAUCGCUUCGAAGGAUACUCCAUCGAGCUGAUCGACGGCAUUUCCAAAAUCCUCGGCUUCAAAUACACCAUGGAACUCGUGCCGGACGGAAAGUACGGAUCGUACAACAAAGAGACGAAAAGAUGGGAUGGCUUGGUGAAACACUUACUUGAUCGAAAAGCGGAUCUUGCCAUUUGUGAUCUCACCAUUACCUACGAGCGCCGUACUGCCGUAGACUUCACGAUGCCCUUCAUGACCCUUGGUAUCAGCAUUCUGUACGCCAAGCCCGUGCCUCAGCCCAAGGAUCUGUUCUCUUUCCUGUCUCCUCUAUCCCUGGAUGUGUGGAUCUACAUGGCCACUGCGUAUCUUGGCGUUUCCGUGUUGCUCUUCGUCCUGUCUCGUAUGGCCCCUGCUGACUGGGAGAGCGCCCAUCCUUGCAAGCAGGAUGACAUUGAUGAGGUGGAGAACAUCUGGGAUAUGUUGAACGCCCUGUGGCUGACGAUGGGAUCCAUCAUGGGUCAAGGCUGCGAUAUCCUGCCCAAAGCGGUGUCUACCCGAGUAGUCUCCGGAAUGUGGUGGUUCUUCGCACUGAUCAUGCUUUCGUCCUACACUGCCAACUUGGCAGCUUUCCUGACCAUGGAGCGUAUGGAUGCCUCGAUCGAAAGUGCUGAGGAUCUAGCCCAACAGAGCAAGAUCAAGUACGGUGCGGUGCUCGGCGGUAGUACGCUGAGCUUCUUCCGUAACUCGAACUUCUCCACGUAUCAGAGGAUGUGGGCCGCCAUGGAGUCUACUCGUCCGUCGGUGUUCACCAAGAGUAACGACGAAGGACGUGAUCGCGUCCUUAAGGGACGUGGCCUGUACGCUUUCCUGAUGGAGUCCACUUCGUUGGAGUACAUCACCGAGCGGUAUUGCGAACUCACCCAAAUCGGAGGGCUGCUGGACUCCAAAGGAUACGGAAUCGCCAUGCCCGUUAACUCCCCAUACCGGACGGCCAUCUCCGGAGCAGUGCUCAAAAUGCAGGAGGAAGGAAAGCUGCACCAGUUGAAGACCCGCUGGUGGAAGGAGAUGUACGGCGGAGGUCGCUGCGAUGAACAUGCUACAAAAUCGGCUGCGGACAGCGCAGCCGAACUCGGAAUAGACAACGUCGGUGGUGUGUUCUUAGUUCUGGCCUGUGGCUGCUGUUUUGCGUUUAUUCUGGGGAUUUUGGAGUUCCUGUGGAACGUGCGGAAGGUGGCGGUUGAUGAGAAGGUCACCCCAUGGGAAGCACUGAAGGCGGAGCUCAAGUUUGCGAUGAACAUUUCGAUCACCACGAAACCGGUGCACAGCAUGUUGAGCGAGUCGUCGUCGGCCAAGAGUUCGAUGCGAUCGGCGUCCAGGAGGGAAUCGGAAUCGGUGGGCCGCGUGCACAACAUCAAAUCCGGUACCAGCUUGAUGAACAUGGACAAGAUUGGAUUUGUGUUUAGUAAUAAGUAGUAGAUGAGUUGAUUCAAGAUAUUGAGAUGCUGGUAAAAGUUUUGGACAUCACGAGACAACUUGGACUCUAAUUUCACAUCUGCUUUCAGAUUUUUAAGGUGCCUAUCUGACGAAUAUAGCAAUGAAUCACAGUGCAUUCUUUCAGCAUAGCUGGCAGAAAGCUUGUAAUUAUCAAGAGCAAGUGCCUUAGGGUAUAAAACUGAGCUAUGAACAAAACUUCGGCAACUGUGACGCUCGUGUUGAGAUUCUGAGAUAUUUCAAAUUAAGGGAAUAAGUUUCGAAGUGAAAAAAAUUACAGUGUGUCAAAAAGUUUUGAAGAUUAGGUUGAUUUUGUUUUGCAUAGAAUAAUUGUUAAAAUGAAAAUAUAACUAAGAUUUAUCACGAACCCAUUGCAUUGCAUUGUUUGAUUCCACAUAAUCUGGCGAUCGAAGUUUU